AUGGACCCCAACACCCUUAAAUUUCUUAAGGCAAUAUGUAAAAUGAUCAGCGUCAGAUCAGGCGACAGCAGGGAACUGUUUUUCGCAACUAACCACAUUUCGUGCUUGUUGCAGCGGUUCCUGCGUGGUGCCAAGAGGGUGCUCAGAUCAAACGAGAUUCAAAUUCCAGCCAGUGGAAUGCUUGAUACUGAACUGGAUCUAUCAUUUUCACUGCAGAGAGAUUGCAACUAUCUGCAAAUUUUAAUCCAAAGAAGGAAGAAGUACAAGAACAGAGCUAUGCCAGGGUAUAAGACGUUGGCAUCCGGCAAGGUGAACAUGAGUCACAUCCUGCAGCAUUCGUGCGACCAGGAACUCAAACUCUUUCCAGAGGACAGCAAAGAGAGCGCCAACCCCGUUGCCAUGGUGAUGAUGAUGUCACUUUCUAGUCAACCCGUCGAUCACGUGAUUAAUAGGAGGCAGAUUGUCUCGACUGAUGCUGAUCGUUCGCCCGGUGAGAUGUCAGAUGACGACGAUGUGAUACAUGAUGAGUACUCCUCCAACGAUGACACCAGCGAUGUCGAGAUGAUGAUGACCGCCGAUGAUGACAACAAUCCGGUGAUGAGAAAGACGAGGAAGGCCAGGGAUAGAUUUAUGAUCAGGCAACAGAGAAAUUUCAAAGAGAAGUUUGCAGCUUUGUUGAAGAGAUUUAAAGUUUCUGAAGAGGUUUUGGAAUCAGCUGUUCAGGACCUCGGCGGAGAUAAUGAGAUAAGAAGAGAUGACGACAACGUCGAUGAUUUGUUUGAAGAUGUAGAGAACCUUUCCGAAAGCGAUCCAGACAUUGACGCGCUCAGUGUUAGGUCGACACCCAAACCAAAGCUAAGACCAUUCUUCUCUGGUCGUGGCGGGAGCAACACCUGCCUGGAUGAUAGAAGGAACAAUCAUGAUUGGUCGGUUGAUGAGAUGGGUCUGAAGAAAUCUGAUGACACAAACCAGGAGAAUGGGAAAAUAGAUCGUAACGGUUUGAACAUAAUGAACAACAACACCAACAACAUCAUCAGCAACAGCAGCACUGCAAACCAAUCCAACAUUCCAAAUGAUGCAUUUACUCCAGUGCGCAGAAAAACAAGCAAACAAUUUUCGGCAAUUUUUUCACCACCGGCGUUCUUUAAAACUCCCAAAAAUAGAAACAGGAGUAGUUCGUUUGCUGAUAAGAUGUAUUUAAUGAGUAAUAACAACAAAUGCGUCAACAACAUUUACAACAAUGUUGAGUAUAGUUACAAUAAUAAUUAUAACAAUACUGCCAGUAGUUUCAAUAAAGAUAAUAACAAUAACAAACAAUCUCGUAGAUGCAGCACUAGCGCAUGUGAAGUGCUUCCCCGUCGCAUUUUCAUGGAGCAGAUGUCGUCCAUCUUGUCAUGUGACCAUAACUCGCCCGAAGUCAUCGUCAUGUUGCUGGCACAAGCUCUGCAGAGCACGAAACAUCGUACAAUUUGCACUUGUUCACCAUCCGAAGUGCGAACCAUUGUCUCUACCAUUGCUUCCAAAAUUCAAAAAUGCACAAACAAAAGUCUGACCCAGGAGCUACCAAUAAAGGUUGCCAUUGUUGGGGGAGAUAAGUACAUCAGCUCUGUUCUUCGUCCAUAUGUUGAACUCUUCUCCAACAAAUCAUCUGACUGGAUCAAUUACAUAAGGUUCCUUGUGGUUCCUCUCGGUCCCAGCAUAAUAGGCAAGAACUUGUCCAGCAUCGACAACAGGUAUGCAGGGCUCUUCAACGAUUCGGCCUGGAAGGACAAUGUCUUUGAAAGAUUUGAUUUCUCAAACCGAUUUAACCAAUCGAUGGAUAUAGGUGAAGUUGCCACCAGGAUUGUAAAGUACUUGAACAAUGCCAGACACAUGAUUCAACUGCCUCUCUCUGAAGCCAUCCUAACUAAUAAAGAUAAGGGCAUUGAUGACAGCUCGCAUUUGAUUGUUCCAUUUCUUGGUGAGGUCAGACUCGGAGUCAUGGAUGUCGGCAACACUUCUAAUAUUUUUUCUUCUCUCAUUGAUUACGAUGAGACUUCGAACGCAAAUGCCAGUCUGUCCAACAGUCCACCUCAAUCAAGUCACAUGAUCAGCCACAUGACCAACAUGGACAAAGUAAAGGAGAACAUCUCUCACACGCCGCCUGAAAGCAACAACUUCCUGAGCACUCCAACAACCACAACAACUGCGUCAUCUACAACAACAGCAGCACAGAACAUCGACGCUUUCAACUUGCAGGUUGACUACUGGCUCAUGUCUGGCACAUCCAGCCAAUCAUCGAAUGCAACAUCUAACUUGCCAACAAAUCUCUUCAACAGUGAUCUGAAAUCAGAUCUGCUUACCAACAUUACAAGCUCUGCAAGUGGAAAGUUCUUGAGUAAAAAAGAUUUGAAAUGUUCAUUGAAGAUGAUGUUUCGGUCAGUUAAAAUUUUUCGUAAUUCCGGUUUGCAGCUGUCCGGUGAUGGUAGUUUGCUGGCAGGGGGCUCAAAUGCAGGGCUGUCCAUGGUCGUCGUCACGAGGGAGAAAAAGCAAAAAAUCAUGCGCAUAGGCAAAAGAUCGAAAGAAUCUGAGUUGAACAAGAGUCAGCAGAUAGAUGGCAUCAGCAGACUUAUCUGCACAUCCAGAUCUCAAAAUCAUCCUCUCAAUGUGACCAUUGACGGAGUGGAUUGGUCUGGAAUAAAGUUCUUCCAGGUGUCCAGCCAAUGGCAAACCCACAUCAAAUACUUCCCUGUCCUCAUCUUUGGAGACCUCUCCUCAACCACGAACACUGCUCUAUAAUCCAGUCCAGCCCUGUAAACCUCUGUACAUAGUCUUUCUAGUGUUAACAGUACCAUUCCUGAACAUGCAAGAGAAGCACAAAAUUUUUUAAGCAUAUUAAGUAACACAAGUCAUAAUUUAGUUAAGAAAACGAUAUUUCACAUCAGUAAUGAGAGUUAAAGGGAUAUUAUAAGUUUUUGUUUAAUUUCAUUUUUUAAUUUUUGUAACUUUUUUUGAACCAUCUCAUUUUUAUUAAAUUUUUUUUUUCUUUCGUACCAAGCAAUUUUUAUAAAUUUACUACAAAGAAUUUUAACUUAAUCAGUCUACAUUAUGUAAAAGUAUCUAAUUACCGUCUAGUUGAAUGUUGUCCAUGCUACAAAUUUUAUAAUUACCUCAUUAAUUAUUUCUAAUUACUUCAUCCGAUGACUUUUUAAAAUUAUUAUUAUUAUUAUUACACGAACUAAUUUUUAAUUUUACGCGCAAAUUAUUAUUCGAGUGAAGAUUUACAUCCAUUCAAAACAAUGACAAAUGGAACAAAUUUUUAUUUCUAGUCUGGUGAUGCUGAUCAUAUAGUUUUAGUCAUAGUUUAUUUUUCUGUUA